AUGACAGGCUCCGGUGGAAAGAUGGUUAAGCAUUUUAAAUCUACGGCACAUAUGAGUAGUGAAAAUCGUUUAUUAAACUUUUCUCAGAAAAAAACUAAUAUUGAUUUAAUGUUAAUUGGUGGUCAAAGAGAAGUUGAUCGAAAACGUGAACAACUUUUAAAAUUAAAUGAAAAAAUCGUUAUCACGUUACUUGAUGUUGCACGAUUUCUUUCACGACAAGCAUUAUCAUUUCAAGGAGAUGGAAAUUCUGAAGGCAAUUUCGUUGCGACCAUAGACCUGUUGCGUCGUCAUGAUCCAGUACUUGAUCAAUGGUUUAAAGACUCCAGUUUACGUCCAUAUCAUGUGACUUAUCUUCAUCAUGAUUCACAAAACGAACUUAUUACAUUAUUUGGUAGAGCUGUUCAACAAGCUAUAUUGAAUGAUAUACAUAAAGCACAAUUUAUUUCUGUGACUGUCGAUUCAACUACUGAUAUUUCUAAUAAAGAGAUAUAUACAAUUGUAAUUCGAUUUGUAAAAGACUUCAUUGCUCAAGAACGAAUGAUAUCCGUUAUGGAAUUAAAUUCUAAGGUAGGUGAAAAUAUAUCCCAGUCUUAUGAUAAUGCGUUGAAUAUGUCUGGAGUGAAUCAAGGCGUUCAAGCUUGUUUAAAUAAACAUUUAAAUCGAACAAUUUUAUAUAUACCAUGCGGUGUUCAUUCUACAAAUUUAGUAGUAAAACAUGGUAGUAGUAUUAGUAUCGAAUACAUAAAUUUUUUUGGUAUUUUACAAGAAUUAUAUAAUUUCUUCGAAAUGAGUGCUAAACGACAUUCAUUAUUGUGUAAAAAUUUAAGUGAAACAGAAUUUGGAAUAUUGGUCAAGGACUUGUCGAGAACACGUUGGUCUGAUCGAUAUGAAGCUGUUAGAGCUGUUUAUAUUUCACAUAAACAAAUCGUCGAUACUCUUCAAGAGAUAUCAGAAAACGAUUCUGUAAAAACAACUCGACAAACAGCAGAAAAUCUAAAGAAUAAAUAA